AUGGGUAUACCUGAUUCCGAGGAAGCAACCGAGCCCUUGUUCGAUAGUGAUACCCUACAUCAAGCAGCUACAAAUGGGGACGAAAAUACCAUUCGAUCUCUUCUUCUCCUGGCAUCAAAGGACAAGCGAAUGCUGAAUAUCGUCAAUCCGGUUGAUGGACGGACCGCUUUGAUUGUUGCUAGCAGAGAGGGCCAUCUAGAGAUAGUGAGACAUCUAAUAGAUGCUAGAGCAGACCCUCACAAACAUGACCCAAGUGGAUGGACAGCACAAGAAUAUGCUGCUUUCAGAGGUCAUAUCAAGCUUGCUCAGCUGCUUGCCGAGUAUGCAAGCCAGGACAGCCAAGAAAGUGAGAGAAUCAUGGCUACAAAUGAGACUGCGGCAAAAUCUGGCAGGCCGUUAGAGCGUGCCUUGGACCAAAGACCGCAACUUCCAAGUUAUCAUGGACGAGAUGAGCAGCAUCGACGAAUGAAGACUCAGGGUCUGAGCGAAGUCUUCGUGACUCUAGGCAGUAAUAAUAGCAGAAGCAGUGCCACGGUACUCGAGCUGAAAGGGCAGCCUUGGGAUCAAUUUGCUGAUCCCAUGCAUUAUUAUAAGAUUCUGGUGGGUAUUGCGGGCGGCCAUACUGGCGCAGACUCACAAGUCAAUUACUUUUUGCCCCUUCCAAAAGACAUGGUCAACAGACCGAUGCAAUUUUUCACCAAAGAUCUCGACCAAGCAACUCUCAUGUUUGAAGUUCAUUCGACACAUAUUUCUCGUGAUGGAGAAAAACCUAAAAUACUCGGUAGAGCAACUGCUCUCCUCAGUGCCCUUCGUCACGGGUCAGCGCCAAAACGCGAGAGCCUUGUCAGAGAUUUCACUGUUCCAGUACUUCACUUUGAUAGCAUGAAUCGAAUUGGCACUUUGACAUUCAGUGUUCUUAUUGCAACACCAUAUGAGGCAUUACAGCCACUCCCAGACAAUUCAAGCGGAUUUCGGGGCAAAGAUGGCCUCACUCAAAUAGUCGGACACCGUGGCUCUGGUGCAAAUUCAGCUGCAAGAACAAAUCUCCAGAUUGGGGAGAACACAAUGCAAUCUUUCAUCACAGCCGGCAGCCUCGGUGCAUCCUGCGUAGAGUUUGAUGUGCAAUUAACCAAAGAUCAUGUUCCCGUCAUCCACCACGAUCCCAUCAUAAUGCAGACCGGUGGUGACGUGCUGUUGAGUUCACUGACAUACGAACAGUUCAAGCGCUUGACUAUUUCUCAAGCAUCCAAUGCCGCCCUGCUGAACUCGGCAGAAGCUCGCUACAUCGCCAGAUCCGGCCUGUCAGCCAAAAAUCCUCGCCCAAGACUCCGCUCAAAUUCACUACCCACUAGCAAUCUCCCAGAUCCACUUAGUGAUAAUCUGACAGAAUUAAUGUCGCAGACCUUGCCUUCCCGUCUCUUCGGCCUCAAAGGCAACAUACGAGGCAUCUCGAUCCAAGAGCCAUCCUGCACGCUUAACCAUCUCCUAACCUCUCUUCCAGGAAACAUAGACUUCAACAUCGAAAUCAAACACACCAUGCUCUUCGAAGCUGAAUAUUUCCAGCUUCCCUUCGAAACCAUCGAAGUCAAUCACCUCGUCGACAUAAUCCUCGACACUGUCUUCCGCGAGCAUAAAGGCCGUAAUAUCACUUUCUCCUCCUUCAACCCCGAAGUCUGCAUCCUGCUAAAAGUAAAGCAAGACACAUUCCCCGUGCUAUUCAUCAGCAAAGCGGGGGUGAUACCAGUCGGCGACCCAAGAGCAGGGAGCUUGGAGGCUGCAGUGGAUUUUGCGAAAGCGUGGGGAUUGGAAGGGGUGGUUAUGUUGAGUGAUGUGUUCGUGCUGGCGCCGCGGUUGGUGGGGUAUGUGAGGAGUCAGGGGCUGGUGUGUGCCAGUUAUGGUGCGCUGAAUGAUCAGGCUGAGCAUGCUUUGACGCAAGCUGACGCAGGUCUUGAUGCCAUCAUCACUAACAAGGUAAAUUUGAUCGCUAGGACUCUGAAGCAGGAGCGAUGA